AUGGCUACCAUUUCUUACUUGUUUCUUUUUGUCAUCUUCAUCAUCCAUUCCAGCUCAAAUUGCAUUGUUCCGUGUAGUGGAAACAAUAUUAGCACUGAUGUAUCUGUUCUUUUGUCUCUCAAAGCCCAACUCACUUUACAUCAUCCAAACAAUAUUUUCGCUACAAACUGGUCUACUGCCACUUCUAUCUGCCAUUGGAUUGGAGUUCAAUGUGACUCGCAACACCAUAGGGUGGUGGCAUUGGAUAUUUCAAAUAUGGGUUUGUUAGGCCAAUUUCCUACCUCCUUGGGAAAUCUCUCCUUUUUGUCCUUCCUGAAUAUGAGCAAUAAUAAUUUCAUUGGAGAAAUUCCAAAAUCAAUCUUCAACAUCUCUACACUUGAAUAUAUUGAUUUUUCAAAUAAUAGUUUGUCAGAUUUGAAUAGUUUUAAUGGUCCAAUACCGGCAAAUUUAUCCGCAUGUUCAAAACUUCGUCUGUUGGGAUUGGUACUCAAUAUGUUUGAUGGGUUGAUACCUAAAGAGCUUGGCAAGUUAGAGAUGCUUGAGAAACUAUUUAUUGGUGGCAACAAUUUAACAGGAACAAUUCCUAAUGAAUUGGGUAAUCUCCAUAAUUUGAAGAAAUUUGCCAUAGAAGGAAACCAGAUUAUAGGCUAUAUACCGACGUUCAUUUCCAACAUGACAUCACUUCAAACCUUGUCAUUGGGGACCAACAAGCUCAUUGGAUCCAUACCUAAAGAGAUUGGAAAUUUAUCAUCUCUUCAACAGUUAUGGCUUGAUGAAAACUACUUCACAGGUACGAUACCUAGAGAAGUUAGCUACCUUUCUAAAUUGGAAAUCAUUGUUUGUCAAAUUAAUAAUCUAAGUGGUACUUUACCUGAAGGGCUCUUCAACAUUACUACAUUGCGUGUAAUUGGUCUGGCAAUUAAUCAUCUUUUGGGUAGUAUUCCUUCAAAUAUGUGCUCUGCACAAACCAACCUUGAAGAAAUUACUCUAGCCAAAAAUGAGUUAAGUGGAGUCAUUCCACAUUCAAUAGCAAAUUGUUCCCAACUCACUACUAUAUCUCUCAGUGCUAACCAUUUCAUUGGCUCCAUUCCAAACUCUCUUGAAAAUCUUAGCCUUCUCCAAGUUCUUGAAAUGUCUGCAAAUAAACUAGCAUCUGAUCCUUCCAAUUCCUCUCCAGAAAUAAACUUCAUAACUUCUCUAACAAAAUGCAAAAAGUUGAAAAGACUAGAUGUGGGUGGUACUAGUCUACAUGGAACUCUUCCCAGAUCCAUUGGUAAUCUGUCUUCCACUCUACAAAUCUUUUAUGCAGAGAGUUCAGGGUUGUACGGCACCAUCCCAGAUGAAAUUGGCAAUCUAACUGGCCUAGAAAUCUUAGCAAUGUCUGCUAAUGACUUGAGUGGAACAGUUCCAAACACAUUACAAAGGUUACAUGGGCUUGCACGUUUGGAUCUGGCUGGAAACAAAUUAAGUGGUCCACUAACUAGGAAUUUUUGUAAGGUGCGGAAUCUAGGAGAAAUUUAUUUGAGCGAAAAUGGAGUUUCAGGUCCUAUCCCGGAAUGCUUAGGGAACGUUACUUCUCUACGAUAUAUCCACCUUGGUUCAAAUAGAAUGAAUGGUAUAAUACCUUCUAACCUUUGGAACCUGAAAAACCUCUUGACGCUCAACCUGUCCUCUAAUUCCUUUAGUGGGGCUCUACCUUCUGAAAUUGAAAAUCUGAAGGUUUUAUAUCUCCUUGAUUUGUCAAACAAUAACUUAUCCGGCAUCAUCCCCAGCACAAUAGGAAGCUUACAAAAUUUGAUAAACCUUUCUUUGGCACAAAAUCAAAUACAUGGACAAAUUCCAGAGUCAAUAAAUGGGAUGUUAAGCUUGGAAUCACUAGACUUGUCACGUAACAAUCUCAGUGGUUCAAUUCCAGUUUCCUUGCAGGCAAUUAGAUAUCUACACCAUUUGAAUGUCUCUUUCAAUAGCUUAAGUGGUGUAAUUCCAUCAAAUGGUCCUUUCAAAAACUUCACAAGCUUAUCCUUUCUAUCCAAUGAAGCAUUGUGCGGAGAUGCCAGGUUUGGAGUUCCACCUUGCCAUAAAAGUGUAGUUCAAAGGUCUAAAGCAAAAAGAAUUCUUCGAUAUAUUUUGAUGGCCUUGGGAAUUACAAGCGUUAUCCUAGCUUUGGUAGUGGGAGUUGUGUUGAUUACUUGUUGGAGAAAAAAGAAGCAUUCAAAGAAUGAAGAAUUGUUACGUGUUAAAGAGGUGGAGAGAGUAUCAUACUAUACACUUUUGCAUGCAACAGAUGGAUAUAAUGAGAGGAAUGUGAUUGGUGCUGGGAGUUUUGGCACAGUGUAUAAAGGGAUUCUUGAAGAUGGAACAAUUUUGGCCAUAAAGGUGUUUGAUGCGCAGCUUGAAGAUGCAUUCCAAAGCUUUAUUGUCGAAUGCAAGAUAAUGUUCGACAUUCGCCAUCGAAAUCUUGUUAAAUUGUUAGGCUAUUGCUCCAACCCAAAUUUUAAAGCCCUGGUUCUUGAGUACAUGCCAAAGGGGAACCUUGAUGACUGGUUGUAUACCCAAGACCGUUUCUUGGACAUCACCCAAAGAUUGAAUGUAAUGAUUGAUGUUGCAUAUGCACUUGAAUAUCUUCACUAUGGUUAUCCAAAACCCGUGGUUCAUUGUGAUCUGAAGCCAAGUAAUAUUCUCCUAGAUGAGGACAUGGUUGCUCAUGUUGGUGAUUUUGGAAUCGCAAAGUUGUUGGGUAGUGAUGAUAGCAUUGCAUACACAAAGACCCUUGCUACAUUGGGUUACAUUUUCGUAAUUAUUAUCAACUUCACUUUGCAAACUUGA